UGGGCACUUUUAUGUCUCGUGUGCUACGGAGAGAGAAAGAGGGGGUUAGCCCAGAUGCAAAGGGUUACACUGUUGGCAUUCACUUUUAUGCACCUCUCCUACACGCUUCGAUCGGUUUCGACGGCUUGCCCGGGGCGUUUUAGGACUGGCAGCACAUACCUCUGCGGCAAUCAGCAUCACACUUGUUGCUAGUCAGAAUGGGUGGCCAUCAGCCACGCAAGCGAGCGCGCCUUGCUGCUGCCGGUACAUUGGCAACUGCAUCCUCGUCCUCCCUUCAGGAGUCAGAUGACGCUGUAGCAGCGCCGAAGCCGAGCAUUGCGAUGCUCUCCAAGCAGAUUCGCACUUUGGUGAUACGUACGCUUCUCCCAUGCUUGCAAACGCUCGAUUCUGAGCUCUUCCUCCUCCACCGCAUCCAUUACAAGCAUGGCGUACAAUUUAACAGCGCAAAGUGGUACAGCGGCGUGGAAGCCGUGCGCAGAUGCUCUGGCAGGGUUGUGCCGCAGCAUGACCUAGGCAAGCGUCCAGGCAAGAGAAGAGGACAGAAGCAAACAGAAGCUUACAAGAGCUACGAGUAUGGCACGGGUGGAAGUAGCAUUUUGAGCCUAAAAGAGGCGUCAGCUGAAAAGGAUUCCCAACGCCAAUUCGUGCUGCACAAAUGUACAGCAAGGGUUGUCUUGCGCGAUGUACUCGCUGCAUACAACUCCAUGUGGGCAUCAGAUAAUGCAGGUUCUGGCGCUGGCCCAAUGCCAUCAACAAAUGCAGCUGCUGUAACGAAGCCAAACGAGCAUGGAAGGGAAAGUGCCGUGGGGUGCUCCUCAAGAACAGGGACAAAACGCAAGAAACCAUCGCGUGGGGGUAAGGCAGGCGAAUCUGUCAGCGCUGCGACGAUGCACUUGAUACCUACAAAGCAAAGUACAGCACCAAGAUCUCACCCAAGCUCCCCUCGAGCAGCGGCAGCCUGCGAAAGCCUGCUGAAGCUCUCACUACUACUCACCAAGCUUCUUCAUACUUGCCAAGCGGCUUUCAAGACACUAUCGACGCAUCUCAAUACACCACCGGCCCCGACAUUUGCGCCGCUUGUGCUUACACUCAUAGCUGUCGUCGCAAGCAUCCACGAUGCUGCCAGUGUGGCUUUGUGCGGCUCGAAUGUCACUCACGCGGGCCGUGCGUCUGACAAAGGCGCGAGAGCGAGUCAACCGUUGGAGUCAGCCGACAGUGGCGGCUUGAUCCGAGUGUAUGCUGACCUCCGCUUGAUCUGCGUGCCACCUGCUCCGAUACCGGGAGCCGUCGGUGGCCGUACCAGCGCAAGGGCCCACGAGGUCGAGUUGAACUUGUCCGAUUUCGUAAGUACGCGUCGAUCAUGGCCACCAUGGACUCGCUCUGUAGCUGCAGACAAAUUGGAGACCCACCUCUCGGCCAACCUACCGAUGCGCAUCACACUCAGCUCGAACAUUUUGGACAUUACGAGCGGCAAAGGUUGGUCUGGGCCUCGCUCGACGUCGAGCAAGCAAGCUCUACCGCUUGAGCCUCACCUCCUGGGGCACAGCGAAGGCCACACCAUAGGUCUUUUGGGCUUGGCUGCCGCAGACGAGGGCAUGGAUACGAGUUGUAGGGACGUCGACGUCGGCGUACCCCUCACAAGGGCAGUGAUCAAGGGGGAUGGUGCUGGCGCGGAUCUCGAUAUUGGCGUCCCAAUCUCUGUUGAAGAUUUCGGCGAGCUUGUAUGAAUGCCUCCUCAAUCUAGCUUGCACUAGGGCACUACCUUACGUUGCACUUCAUGAAGAGGCUGACGUUUUGGCUGGCCAGGCUGGAGGGUCGACAGCAAAACUCGGCACCUGCGCAUCAUCCGCUUCCGCAUGCGAUUUGGUGAAAGCAGAUCCAUCACGCGUGUAAACUGAAAUUGAUUGAACGGUCAAGAAUGAAGUGAAAGGGGUAUAACGAAUAGAACCGUGGCCAAAUAGAAGGAAUGACGUUGAAC